CCCACCUGGGUACGUUUCUCCCCAUAGGCUCCUGCCAGGAAUACAUCUCAGCCCAGUUUCCUCUCUAGUGGGAAAGUGGGGUACUAGACCACACAGCUACCCCACCCUGACAACCAUGUUUAUCACAGUGAUGUUUGGAGCUGGCUGCUGGGAGCUGGUGAACCCCUGGUGCAACCUGGUGACCCUUUCAGCUCACCUAAAGCAGAGGGGGAAGGUGCCCACAGAUGCGACCAUCGCCCUCCUGGCUGAGGAUGGACACCUGGUGAGUCUGGAUAAGGGACUGAAAGAAGGAGCUUCCCCAGACCCCACCAUGGACAGUCUCCAGUUACAGGAGCGUGGAACUUAUGUCCUAGUGCAGAUAAUCAAAGGGGAAGGUGGGGCUCCCAACCGUUAUGAGUCCCUCCUAGAGAACUUGGAUGACUGGAAUCCAGAACUGGCAGAGGAGCUACGCAACUUGUCGGGACUACCCUCCCUGGGGAAUGGCUCUAAGAAGCGCACAGGCACUCAGCGUAGCCGCCAGGACCAAGUUCCCACUUCAAGAUCUCGAAGGGUAGGUUCCCUGCUGUCCAAGACCCGAUAGCCGAAGCCAGGAGCCAGGUAUGGAGGGGAUGUGGACCUCUGGGGGUACACAUCCAAAAUGGGAGCCUGGCCCAGGGGACAACAAUUCUUCCCUGUACACACACAUACACCCAUUAAGUAUGGAACAGAUUGUUUCAGGAGACACCUCUCUGGAGUAUGACCACUAAGGGCAAUCCUCAGUGCCCAGGUGUUGGGGUAGAGCUUGGCACACAAGGUGCUCAGUACAGAGCUGCUAAGUGGAUUCAGUUGAAGCAGUACACACAGCAUGUGAUGGCAUGGUCUGCACUUGGAUUUGAAGAGACUGCUUGUCUGGGUCCGGCAAGUCCUGUGACCUGGUACAUUAAACUGAUAGGCUGAGCUAGAUUCAGACUCAAAGUAGUUUGGCUGUGAACUCUACCUCCUGUGAUCCCCCCCCCCCCCCCAACACACAGCAGGCCAGCAACUCUUGCAGAAUCUGGACUUAGAGAAGUUGCGUCAGCGAGAGGGGCAAGGUUACAGCACUAACCUUGGAUAAGGCCACAGACAUAAGGGCACAGGGGCUGGCCCUGAGACGUGGGUACAGAUAAAGGGAGCUACAGGCAGAGAUAAAAAGGGAAGAGGAGACAGGCUGUUGAGAGAAGAGAAAGGGAAUCCCAGCACCCAGUCAUAUGCCCUUGGGAUCAGUUGCUAAAGCCUUCCCCUCCCUGCACACAUACACACACACACUGCCAUGGGCAAAAGGAAAGUUCCUCCUUCCCCAUCCAGAAGACCAGCUUAAAGAGAAGCAUCUCUUCCCAGAACAUCCAUCCAUCCAUCCAUCCAUCCAUCCCACCUUGUCGGUGCAGACAGGCCAUUGACAAGACACACAGCAAGACUUGGUCUAAAAUAAACUCUUUUA